AUGUCCUUCGCACGGGAUGUUCGGAGCACCACUCCGACCACUCCCCUGCGAAAGGGCCGGCAGGGCCUCGGUGCGGAGCGCCCCGCGGAGCGCCCCUCGGUGGAGCGCCCGGAGCCCUCCCUGAGCCGCUUGCUGGACAUUGUCACGGACCAUGGGUUGCAGCUCAAGUCACUGCGUCAAGAGCACGAAGCACUUCAGCAGGAAACCAGGGCCUUGCGCUGUGCGCUGUCCUCUGCUGGACUCUGGCGUCAAGACAAGGCUCAGCACGAGGGUCCAACGAGUCCAGCGAGCCCAGCAGAUUUCUCGCCCUCAGCCGGCGAAGUGCUCGCAAAGCUCGCUCCUCAAAGCGUGUCUCAGAGCUCCGGCAAGAGGCCAGCCGCUGGGUACCCCGUCCGGCACUCCCACAUGUCGGCCACGGCAGCCUCUGCAGCCAAGGCCGAGCCAGUUGGCACCAGCAGCGUAUGCAGUACGUCAGCUGGAAGUGAGUGUUCAGGCAGCAGCAUCACUUCCAGCAUCAAGCGAUCCAGCAGUAGUGGUAGCGUUGGCGGCGUGCGCAAGACGAAGAGCUGUCCCAAGGCGCGGCCAAGGGCCGAGAACGCAUCGAAAACUGAUGCGAUCCAGCCUUCACCUGGUGCUGGUGAUGGCUGCGAGCGGGGUGGACCGAGCAGGAGUGCAGCUGCCAGCCCAAGCCGGCAAAGGUCACUGUCCGCUGGCAGGGAGACCUCGGCAUCGACGCCGCGUGGCUCGACUCGACGUGCCUCAAGUGGAUCACCGCUGCGUCGUUCCCGUCCGCAUGUGCCUCCCAGCCUGUACCAGGCUGCACAGCCACUGCUCGAAGCAUCCCUCACCAAGGAAAAGCGGGCAGUGGCUCUGAGUGCCGUUUCAAGGGCUCUCAAAGAUGGAGCUCCGCCGCACAAGUGGGAGGGGCCCGAAACCCCUCUAAGGGCUGCCGUGCAGGCACGGAGUGCAGAGAUGGCUCGACUCCUUGUUGAGGCCAGAGCCAACCCCAACGAGAAGGAUGCAAAGGGCGUGUGCGUCCUCCACACGGCCUCCUUCGACGGCCUUCCCGACCUCUGCCAGACGCUCCUGCGAGCGCGCGCGGAUGCCAACGCUGCCGACCAGCACGGCCAGACGGCCCUCUUCUUCGCGCCAAAGCCUUGGGAACCCUUCGAAGACCUUUGA